GCAUAAUUAACAACAACGAGAUCGAAACCUACUGCAAGAACGACCCGAACGGCAACUCCUCCCUCGCGAGCAACUACAACAAGCAAAACGGAGUCGGGGGCAGCGAGCCUUACCCGUCUGCCGGUUGCCCAAGCGCCAUGUGCAAGAGCGACGAGUGUUGCCCUCAGAGCCCCCCUUGCGACAGCGGCGAGGGAGCGAGGCGCGGCCGCGAGUGCACGGAGGGCUGCGUCGGCGCGAAGGAGGCCGGGGGUCUGUGCGCCAGUCAAAACACGAUCAACAACAACAGCGACUGGUCGGAUGUCGUUGCGAAAUGCCCGAAGGCCCUCUCCAGCAACGGCUGCGUGGCCGGCAUUCACGUCGACACCGGUGACAGCAGUGGCCACGUCCGGCACCGCGGAGGCACUGCCAAGAUCCUUAACAGCGGCAUGAACCUGUCUCCGCGCAUGAAGGAGCUCCUGCAGGGAUUGAACGAGCCCGGGGACUCCGGAAACCCUUCGGAGCCGCCCGACUGGCUGGACCGAUGCCUCUUCAACCGCGGGCGGCAGUUCUACGGCCGCUUCCUCUUCUGCAUCUUCUUCUCGGACCUGCUGGCGCUGCUGAUGAUGUUCACCGUCAGCAGGAUCCUGCGGCCGCUGAUCUACACGGGCCGCUCCGACACUCCCCAGCGCGCCCUCCGCCGCUACGUGUCCACUAUCCUGCACGUGGUGGCCUGGUAUAACGGCGACGUGUGGAACCCCGAGGACCCCGCUCACCGCGACAUCCUCUCCGUCCGCGCCAUCCACAACAAGUCGGCUCGCGUCCUCAACUCGUCGACGGACCACGAGAAGGUCUCCGCGGUCGACGUGCGGGCCAGAGGGCACGAGGAGCCGCGGUGCCCCUUCAGCCCCGCCAUGAGGCACGACCUGCGCCACCAGGCCGAGCAGGGCCUCGUCCUGGAGACGCCCGACGACCCGCCGCUAUACAUCAGCCAGUGGGACAUGCUGGUCACGCAAUACUCUUUCCUGGGCGUGCUGGUGGCGCACCCUCGAAGAGUGGGCGCCUGGCGGGCGUCGGAGGAAGACCUGGCCGGCCUCAUCCACUUUUGGCGGGGCAUCGGCUGGCUCCUGGGCGUGGAGGACAAGUACAACUUCUGCAACGGCAGUGUCGCCGACACGCGCUCGCUCUGCCUCGAGAUGGAGCGCCACCUGAUCGUGCCGGGCUUCGCGUCGGCCGACUGGAGCCACGAGCACAUGGCCACGUCGCUGGUGACGGGGAUCAACCACAUGGUACCGUGCCUCUCGUACCCGGCCAUGCUCCGCUUCCUGGCGGACACCCUGGGCGUGCACCUACCGUCCUUCGUCAGGCAGAUGUCCCUCCGACACACCUUCCAGUACUGGAACGAGCUCCUCCUGCUCUCCCUCAGGACCAUUCAGAAGAAGAACCCGGCGUGGAGACUCAAGUCGGAGAGAUACAACGUCAAGAGCUUCCCUCACGUGUACGCCUGAUCGACACGCCGAGGGAGGGGAUUCGGGAAGGCUUGGGCGUUUGUGUAUGCGCGCUUCGUCGAUGCUUACGUUCGUAUUUAGAUGUAGAAAAAGUGCACGUUCAGGGUCCACUCGCAUCGGGCGAUGUACAUGGCCAAGCUAGUAAAAAAAAGUGAUUAUCAGGGUAUUAGAACCAUUUUAGUCACACGUGUUGUCUCAAGAGAACAACCUCUCAUAAAAACGAAGAAACAGGAAAAUGAAAAGCGCCAUUUCAGUAAAUGCCGGGACGAACCAUGAAAAGAAUGUUUAUGUUGGGUGAUUUAUAUUUUAUUUAGUACUGUCACCUCUCUCGCUUUUCCAGUUUUCCUUAAAGUUGCACAGCUCCUGCUGCGAGUUAACUGCAGGAAACAUCACAACGGAAACACGUCUUCCCAUUUUGUAUGCAAAGCACUUUGUGUUGGCAUGCAUUAUAUAUGCAAUAUAUAUAUACCUUUCGUGACGAAAUGUAAGAUGCACUAUCUUAUAAGAGAAACUCCCAUUCAGCAGGAAUAUUCAAGAGGAAAAGUGGUCCCAUUGUGACUUAGAAGACGUGGGAUGAAUUUUUAGCCUCUUUCAUGUUUUAGAGAAUAAAGUGCGUCUUAUAUACCGUCCAAUAGGGUAUGUAAAUAAUGUUUGUGUCCAAAUUUGUGUAUAUAAAAUGUAUAUAUAUUAUAGUACUAAGAUGAUAUUCAAUAGCAUAAUUUAUUUUGUAAAGAUUAAUCAAGUAAUGUAGCCUGACGACGGUACAAAGUGAAAACCAUGCAU